AUGAACGUCGAUCGUCCCACGCGAGGGUUUCGUGUCCCGUGGAAAUCUCGCAGACUGCAACGACCGCAUUGGCAUGAGAAACAUGUGGUCCGGCGCCUGACCUACCUCGACUUUCUUCCAGCCCCGCUCAAAGGUCACAUCGUGGCAUGCGUCGGCGAGUUCGUCGGCACCUUCAUGUUCUUGCUUUUUGCGCUGGGCGGAACAAACGUGGUCAACACGGCACCGCCCGAGGGCGCCAACGCCACGGACUUGAGCGCCAACCCUAGCAAGAUCAUGUAUAUUGCCCUGGUCUUUGGCAUGUCCUUGGCCGUCAACGCGUGGGUCUUCUUCCGCAUCAGCGGAGGUUUGUUCAAUCCAGCAGUCACCCUCGGUAUGAUGGUCGUUGGCGCCACAGGCUAUUCGCGAGGCAUCUUGAUCAUCGUCUCGCAGAUCUUGGGCGGCAUAGCAGCGUCUGGAGUUGUUUCCGCAAUGAUGCCGAAUGUUCUGGCUGUCAAGACGGAGCUAGGUGGCGGCACGACGGUGGUUCAAGGACUGUUCAUUGAGAUGUUUUUGACCGCCCAACUCGUCUUUACGAUCUUCAUGCUCGCUACCGAGAAGCACGAGGGAACUUUCAUCGCGCCUAUCGGAAUUGGUCUGUCUCUUUUCAUCGCCGAGCUCAUGGGCAUCUUCUACACUGGUGGCAGUGUAAACCCAGCCCGUUCAUUCGGUCCCGCGGUAGUAACCCAAUCCUUCAGCUCAUACCACUGGAUAUACUGGGUCGGUCCUGUUCUUGGGGCCUUGCUGGCAAGCGUAUUCUACAUGUUCAUCAAAGCUCUGGAGUACGAGACGGUCAACAAUGUCGCCGACCCAAAGAAGGCUCUCGGUGAAAAGUUCAAUCACCAAAACAGGAAAGAAAGAUCUGCUACUCAUGAGUCCACUGAACCUAGUCAUCCUGUCGAUGACAAAGCUGCUUCUAGCAGUUCGAAAGACACAUAUAACCGCUCUCCUAGUCUAGAGAACGGACAUACCGCUGAUUGUUAG